AUGAAUGCCAUCGGAAAUGGACAAUUAAAACAACGAGCUUGCGUUCGAUGUGCUGCAGCUAAAGCGAAGUGUUCGUUCAAUGGAUCAGAUAAAUUCUGUGAACGAUGCAGGAGGCUGAAAAGAGAAUGUAUCUUGGAAGAUAGACCAAGACGCAAAAAGGAGAAGCAAUCUUCCCGCGUCAAAGCACUGGAAGAGAAGGUCGAAACCCUUCUUUCAAUGAUGGGUCCUGAGAAGGGCGGCAUGGGUGUCCCGACUUCAGGUCCGCGUAUUGACCUUGAGACUCCAGCUCCUACAGAUGAUGACAGUAUGAAAAGCGUGGCGUCCUCGACAUUCGAACCAGGCCAUCGCUUCGAUAUUAUCAACACCGGUCUUCUCACCAUCGCAGCUGCCGACAUAAUCUUGGAAAAAUACAAAUGCGUCCGCACCAAACUCUUCCCAUUCGUGGUGGUCCCACCGGAGAUCGAUGCAGCUACAUUGAGAGAAAAAUCACCGUUUCUCUUCUUAGCUAUCAUGACCGCAGGCAUUGAAGGUGACCAUCUACUUCAACGAAGGCUCGGGGUCGAAUGCCGGAAGAUCUUGUGCGAACGAGUUAUGAUAGGGGCCGAUAAAGAUUUUGACCUUUUGCAAGGCUUGCUCGUUCAUCUCGGCUGGAGUCACUUCCACUUCAGCCCCGCGAAGAAGCAAUUGUACAUGCUUUUCCUCACUGCGUACGGCCUGGUCAUCGACCUCGAGCUUGACAGAUGCCCUGCUCAUCGUGAUCAGCGAGUGGCCAGUGCCAUAUGCUGCCACACUGUCGUCUUCGGCCAACCAAAAACACUGCCAGCACAGUGCCGAAGAAGCACUGCCGAGAUUCGCGCCCUAUUCGGUUGCUUUUAUAUAUCAUCCUCUCUGGCUGUAAUGCGGAAAGAACUGGCUAUGACCCACACUAAAUGGAUUGACAACUGCUGCAAAAUUCUUGAGGCUGAGCAAGAGUAUCCCACAGACGUUGAUGCGGUCGCUUUCAUCCGUGCAAAAUGCUUGGUCAAAACUAUUGGCGAGCGCUUCUCAUACAGCGAUCCAGCUCUGGUCCGAUCUCACAACGACUCUGUAUUACAGAUGUCUCUGAACGGCUUCAAAAAAGAGAUCGCUGAUUUGGAAGCUAGUCAUGCUCUUUCAGCUGCCAAUACGAACUACGCUUUGAUCGCCGAAAUACAAGCUUUGCCAGUCACCCUCUAUGAGAUUGCACUUUAUCGCGACCAUAGCAACACUUCAACACCCUCGCAAACCUCGAAUCUGUGGAAUCUCUUGACCUCCGCACGCGAUUUAUUGACCCAUGUCCUGGAAAUUCCCAAGGAGAUAAUCACAGAGCUACCCUCAGGCUUCUUCAAUCUCUUCCCGUAUGCACUGGUCGUUCUCUCCAUUGUUUCUCGCAUGCCAACGACUUCUGCAUGGGACCAUGCAAUCGCAAGCCGCGAAGCAGAUUUCAUGGAUUUUACCCAACGCAUACAGACUAAAUUCGGGACAGAAUUGUCCACAACCACACCCGACGCUGAACCGGACCAAAGAGAUGUGUGGCAGUUCUUCUCUCGUGGGCUAUCGGGUCUAUCUACAUGGCACCAAAGAUGUGAGAGCACUUCCUCCGCAGAGGCGGAAAUCGAAGUUUCCCUCGUUUCCCCGUACCAUACCAUGAAGUGCGCCAUGGCGGACACCAUGACCGCCUUCGCAUCUAUGCGCUUUCAAAAAACAACCCAGCAUAGCUGUGGUGCGGAACAUGAGGCUCAGCCUGUGGUCCAGCUGUACGGCACGACUGAGCCGACUUCUGGCACAGCAACAGGUAAUUACAAUCACCAAUCACAACAAGAUAUGUUGGGCAGUUCCAUUGGAGAUAAUAUGAUGUGGCAGUCCAUCAUUGAUGACUUCUCCAUGUUUCCUACGACAACCGGUUUUCCUGGUGCUCCGCCCGUCCUCUACUAA